CAUGCAUAUAGGUUAAUGCAGGCCAGUGCUCCCAAAUUAGAUUAACUUAGCUCUUCUCCAAGUUUUUGUACAGAGAAUCAAAUCAUCUGAAAAGACCUUAUGCUUCAGUACAUAUAUGUGCCUCAGUACUGACCUGGACUUUUCUCUAGUUGACACUCACUUGCAGGAUUAUUUUAUGCCUAAAAUGUAUUUCUGUGAGGAACCACAAAGUUAUGUAAAUCAAUUGCUCUUUCUUCAAUAGGCUACAAAUUUUAUAUGUUUUAUACAUAUUACAUCAAUGCCUACUUUACAAAAUAAAUGGUUUUUAUGUUUUGAAAUCAGCAGUAAUGUAAAGUAAAACCUGUCUUAGCGACCACCUGUGCAUAACGUCCACCUGUCAAUAACGACCAUUUUUAAAUCCGCCGAUGAAAAAACUGAUGUUUUUGUACUGUGUAUAACGACCAACUGUUCAAAGCGACCAGCAAUCACCCAUUAUUGCACCAGUGCAGGCACUAAGUCUGUACAGAAUGACUGCCAGAAGAGGAAAAUCAUCAUGCUGCUGGACAACGCCACAUGUCACCCACACCUGCCACUAAAGCAAAUCAAACCCCGAACACAGCAUCUGUGACACAGCCUAUGAACCAAGGCAUCAUCCAGGUGCUGAAACUCAAGCUCAGAAAGAAACAGCCGAGCAGUGUUUUGCAGAAGUUGGAGAGCAACAAGGAAAUGACUGGCCCUGACUUGCUUAAGGCAACCAAUGUCUUACAGACCAUCUACUGGGUUGAGCAGUCAUGGAGAGAGGUAGACAGCACUACCAUCCAGAAAUGCUUCAAGAAAUGUGGGGUUGGAGCAGAUGUGGCUGCUGAAGAGGAAGGAGAAAACAAGGCAGCAGAAGAUGGGGCUCUUGAGUCUGCUUGUUGCAAGGCACUGAACAUUUCCCUACAAGAACUCAGUCUGAGAGAAGACAGACUGGCGACUACCGACAACAAUCCAGUCUCAUCCAUGGCUGAUCUCCAGCAACGCCUCCAUGACAAUGAAGACCUUGAGAGUGAUUGGAAGGAGGAAAAUCACAACAACGAAGAACCUGGCUACAGCACUGUUGUCAACAACUUUGAGCAGUUGGCAGCCAUGUUGACAGAUCUGAGAAAUUUUGCUGUCAUGAAGGGCUGUGGAAAUCUAGUUGAUGCCUGCAUGGACAUGGAAGAGAAAGUUGCAGCAGAAAGCCUUCGUCGACGUCACGCCGCUAGCCAAUCAUCAAUCCUGAACUUCUUCAAAAAAGUUUGAGCACUGACUCCAACUGGCCCACAAGGAGGCCACACCAAACCAAUCGGCUCUUUUCAGAGCCAACAUUAUGGCACUGUGUGAGAAACAUCCCCGUCAUUGGGCUAGUAAUGCGCCGCUGCAGCAGAGCUAAUUCUCACAAAACAAUUCCAAAACCUUGUAAGAUCCCCUUAUUAAAAAUAAAAUGAGGUGACCCAGUCUGUUUUUCAUAUCAUCGUUUAUCACAUAAGUCUUAAAAACUCAACAACACACUAAAAAUACAUGUACAAGUAUUUAGAAUAAAAUCAAAUAAAUUUAAAGAUUUUUCCGU